AUGGUUCCCUUCUCGAACCAGCACCGAUACUCUCAAGACGACGCGGGGGAACCCGAUCCGGAGUCAGACCAGCUCAUCCCCACGAAGAAGCGCCGACACCGCGUCCGCGUUCAAGGCCGACUCGCUGUCGUUCGCAGCGUGUCCACAGCGAAUCUGCGACCCACGCCGUCAGUGGCCCCGGAGCUGCCCUCGCCAGUUGUCGGCAACGGGUCGGGGGGCCCAGCGAGCGCAAAGUUCGAGUCGGGCGUAGCUGGGAGCACAGUGGCACCAGUGCGCAGGAGGAAGAGCUUGGAUAAUGCGAGCAGCGACACAGAGGAGGACGAUGCCAAGGAGACUGCGGUGAGAGACCGCCAGUUUCGAGGAUACGGGAUUGGAGGGGCUGGAAACAUUAGGCGACCGACCGAAGUCUACGGCUCAGCCAAGUCAAGCUCGUCAUCCUCUCGAUUCUCCAUACUUCCUUCAUCCGGACCAUCAGACGAUUCAGACAGGAGGCACUGGAGCUUCAAGGACCUGUUCGCCCGGACAGGCGAUCGCAAAGGAAAAGGGACUGCUUGA